UAAGUUGAUUCAACCGUGAUGAUUGCUGCUGAGUUGCAUGUGACAAGAUUUGCAGUGAACAACACGGUACAUAGCAUCAUCUUUAUAGAUUAAGGCGUUUUUUUGGGGGUCUGAAAAGUAGAAAGGGAAGCGGAGAGAAUUACAGAUGAUGGCACAAGAUAAAGAAUCGAGAACUUUUUUUGAAUUUAUCUUAAAAUAUUUUCUACCGAUGCACUUGAUAGAGAACGCAAAUGUGAAAAACAGAGUCCGCGUGGAUUUAAUAAGAGCCAUGGUUGAUGCAGGAUUAGAAAAUCUUUCCGUGCCGUUGGUACAAAACCAAUCCCCCGUUAGUUCCGGAAGUCGCUUGGAUGGGUUGUCAGUGCCGGACCAUUUCAUUGUUUCAUCUGCAGGUUCUGAAGAUGGUUCCAGAUGGUCUCACGAGGUUGCAGACAUGGAUGAAAUGACUGUUCUUGACAACCUCUUUGUUGGCAAAGAUGGUGUCUCCAAGAGUAGAAUAUUUGAUACAGAACCUACCAGAAACCCGCUAUAUAUACGACUUCAUCUUACGAAAGAAUAUGUCAAACUUGCAAAAAGAGAAGGCUACACUUUACCUAGGAGUGAGUAUUUAGGAACUCGGGCAGUGACGGACACUGCAAUGGAUGGAGUAUCUUUCACCGCAAAAGCUAUGCCCCCGGAAUCACAAUUGACAGAAAUACUUGGCCCAGCUGCUUCAUCCGUGAAUGCCAUUCCAGGUAUUAAAAUCCAGGCAGCAUUGAGUUACGACAACGUCAUAGCCUUCCGUCAUAACCUGUGGCCAGCAGAAGAAUGGGUACACAGACACCGAAAAAGCGGCUGGCCAGAUAAAGGGUUGGUCCAUCAAUGUGUUUCAGCUGGAUGCUACAUAGUUCCCGUUGGUCCGGGAGGACUCCAAGGUCUAGAAUGGCGCUAUUCAUUUACUGCCCAGGAAAGACUUUUGGCGAACUCGUUAACUUUGUUGCAGAAGAAAGUGCAUAUUAUUAUGAAGCUUAUUCAGCGCCAUUGUGUCCUUGAAGAAUUCCCGAGCACUGCUCUCAGUUCCUAUCAUUUGAAAAAUGUGCUUUUCUGGCUAUGUGAAAAAAUCCCUCGUAGUCACUGGACCGAACCAAAUAUAUAUCACCUAUUAAUCACAUUUCUUAACGAAAUGUUGGGUUGUCUUGUUCGGGGAUGUUUGCCGCAUUAUUUUGUGCCAGAGGGCAAUCUUUUCGCUCGCGUGCCCAAAGCACAUCUCCGUCAACUUGCCCGUUCCGUUAAAAAAUCGAGAAAUAAUAUGAUUGAGGUUCUAGGCACUUUGGGCAAAAAGGUCAAGUUUACUGACAUCUAUGAUGCCAGAAGCCCAAUGUUUCUCUUCAUUCAAUCCCUACAAAGUCAACCCACGGCAUCUUUUCAGCAAAUUCUGGUAUCAACCUUAGGCGCCUUAACAGACGAUUAUAUUCGCCUGAUCAGGCAUUGGCUUGGUGAGAUCAAGGCAAGCCAAGCUAAACAACCGGAUGGUUUAAAAAGCAAGGAUAACGAAGAAAAAGAUCGAAACACGUUGAACGUUCUGUCUACCCCUACGUCGCAGGACGAGGGACUGCAACAACCAAAAGAUGGAGCUUCGGAAACUGCAGGGGAAUGGAUCCAUUACCAAGGACUGUAUCACAUCGCCCUUAAUAACCUGACUGAGUGUCUUCAGCUGGCAGUUUGUGACAUGGAAAACCUAAGGAUGAAUACAGCAUGUCAGCCCCAACAUACGAGGGAGUUCCUGUUGACAGUGAUGAUGAAAUAUAUGGCAAAACAUUCCCUAGAGCCAAGCAUCGUGGUGUGGAUCCUCUCAUACAUUAACUUCAAAACUGAAAAACAUAUGAACGUAAAGUCUACUUUGGAGAAUUCGCUUGCACUCUAUGAAAAGAAUGACCCCACAGCGCUCACACGCGAGGAAUACAAUACAUGGAAAUUAAGUGUAUCCACUGCUGCUGACCACCCCGUAGUCUCGGAAUGUCUGCCAAACGCAGAAUGGCAUAAGCGAAUUAUCAUGGUCACUGAUCCAAACCUACUUCAAUGUAUUUUAAAUAUACUUUAAAAGGAAAGGAAAACAUAUUGAUGAUUAGAAAAAUAUAUAGAUGGCUAACACUCAUGUAUGACAAAAGGGCGGCUUGGAUUGAAACAAUUGGUUUUGUAUGUGUAAACAACGAAAGUUUUAUGUUGAAUCAGUUACAUGUAAAUUGUUUUAAAUUGUCAUCAAAAAUACUAUUUCAUUAACUUUAUUCAUUAAUUUGUAGGGUGAGAAGCUAUUAGUAACAUUCUGAUUUUAUUCAUAUGCUUAUGAAGAUUGAUGCAGUGUGUGUGUGUGUGUGUGUGUGUGUGUGUGUGUGUGCACGUGUGUGUGUGUGUGUGUGAAAUGGUGUGCCAUAAAAUCACCAGCAUUAUCAGGCAAAAGUGUUAUCGCGCGCAGCACGUAGACAAGCGUUACAUUCUGCCAAACGCGAAUGAUCAUGGGCACUGAUUCAAAUCUUCUUUAUUGGAUCUUAAAAGGUGUGCUGAAAGCUUUCAGAGGAAUAGAUAUUGAUAUUUAGACUGAAUAUACUGUAGUUACAUGGUCAGCAGUCAUAUUUAACAGAGACCGACUUGGGGUUCAAACAAUUGCUUUUGUAUGUAUAAGUAACAAAAGUUGUAGUAAUUGUAUAAGUUUAAUUGUUUUAAAUUGACAUUUGUGCUAAAAUUGAUAAUUAAUGAACAUCGUUUUUUUGUGGAUAGGAUGAAAAGCUAUUUUGAUAAUUUAACAAAUGGUCACAAAAAUUUGUUAUAAGUCCAUGUAUGUAUGCACAUGUGACAUGGUGUUCCAUAUCUGUUAUUUUUCAUAUAUCACCAUUAUCUGGCAGAAGCGUGACUGGGUUAAAUGAUUGGUUUAUUGUAUUGUGAGUAAAGUGUAUCUUUAGUUUGAAGAGUCUUAUCUACUGACGAAUGGCCCUCACGUAGGCCUUUAUGAACGCAUGUUAUUCUUAAGGAGAUUGCGUACAAUUUAUUCAGUAGUGUAUGAUAAUAGUAAUGAUAACGGAGUCCAAAGUUAAGUUAUCGGUAGAAGAUUAAGUACAUUCAAUGUGCCAUAUUUGAGUUUGAUACUUAAUGGGUAAAUUCAACAUUUAUUUUUCUUUUCUUUUCUAUAACACAAAACAGCACAAAUUGAUAUUACACUCAAUGUAUUGUAUUAUUUGUUACUGAAUUCCAAUUGAAAGAAAUAAAACCGACUCCCUUCUCCUAUCGGCCGGGCUA